AUGGCCUUCCUCCGCUCCGCCGCUACCCGGAGCCUCCGCACCGUCAGCUUCAACCCAUCUGUAACACGCUCCGCCGCGCUGAAACAUCCUCAACUGUGCACAUUCACACGCACGCAAGCCUUGAACAAGGUCCCCCGAACGCUCGCUCUUACGCGCUGGGCCUCGACCGAUCGACCGAAUGUAGAUCAGAUCGAUGUCAAGGCUGAGGAGGCAGCGCAUGCAAAGCGGAUCCGCGCGACGCCUGAGCUGGUUAGUACCCAUAGCACGCAGCGGAUCUACAACAACGAGGUCGGCGAGAGGUCUGGCAAGGAAGCGGCGCAGAGAGGUAAGUGGGAUGAUGACGAGACGGAGAUGUUGGGUGGUGUUAAGGGCGAUCUGAGAACGAUUGCCGAGACCUUCAGCAUGAAGGACGUUCCACACCAAGCCUAUGUUGUCGGUAUGGCAGGUGUUGUUCCCUACUUGGCCACCUCACUCAGCACUGUCUUCUGCGCGUCCGAGAUCAACCGCGCUGCUGAACACGGCACCGGUUGGCUUCUAGAUGCAAACACCGCCGAGCUUGCCCUGCACGCGAUUGAGCCUCUUCAGGUCGGCUACGGCGCCGUGAUCAUCUCCUUCCUCGGUGCCAUUCACUGGGGUCUCGAAUGGGCUGCCUUCGGUGGCAUCCAUGGCUAUCCCCGCUACAGCAUCGGUAUAAUAAGCACCGGACUCGCCUGGCCCACCCUCCUGCUCCCCGUCGAGUACGCACUGAUCUCUCAAUUCCUCAUCUUCAACUUCCUCUACUACACCGAUUCCCGCGCCUCUCGCCGCGGCUGGGCACCAAGAUGGUACGGCGUUUACCGCUUCGUACUCACGUUCAUCGUCGGAGGCUCCAUCUUGGCCUCUUUGAUCGGACGUGGACAGAUUGCGGGUAAAAUUGACAAGCUCCCCAGCCCAGUGGACCGUAUCCGGUCGAUUCGGGCGAGUCAGGGUGAGUAUAUGGAGGAGGAGGAGGAGGCGAGGAGAAAGUUUUUGGGGAGUGAAGAGGAGGAGGAGGAAGAGGAGGAAGAGGGCGGCGACGAUGAGGAGUAG